AUGUGGCUGGCUGUUUACUUUAUUUUGAGCUGUAAUCUUGUUUUAGCUUCAGGGUAUAGCUCCUUUCGUAAAAGCAUGGAGACUAUCGGCAAGAAGCAGUAUCAAGUUCAGCAUGGGUCAUGCAGCUAUACCUUUCUAUUGCCUGAGAUGGACAACUGCCGCUCUUCUUCUAGCUCUUAUGUGUCUAAUGCAGUGCAGAGGGAUGCACCACUAGAUUAUGAUGAUUCAGUACAAAGACUGCAACUACUUGAAAACAUCAUGGAAAACAACACUCAGUGGCUAAUGAAGCUUGAGAAUUACAUCCAAGACAAUAUGAAGAAAGAAAUGGUAGAGAUCCAGCAAAAUGCAGUGCAGAAUCAGACUGCAGUAAUGAUUGAAAUAGGCACAAACCUACUGAAUCAAACAGCUGAACAGACCCGCAAGUUGACAGAUGUUGAAGCUCAAGUAUUAAAUCAGACAACAAGACUUGAACUUCAGCUUCUGGAACAUUCUCUUUCAACCAACAAAUUAGAAAGGCAGAUUUCAGAUCAAACCAAUGAAAUAACUAAGUUGCAAGAAAAAAACAGCUUUCUAGAAAAAAAAGUCCUUGAUAUGGAAGACAAGCACACACUUCAGCUACAAUCAAUCAAAGAUGAAAAAGAUCAACUUCAAGUACUAGUAUCCAGACAAAAUUCUAUAAUAGAAGAACUAGAGAAACAGUUAGUCACUGCUACGGUAAACAAUUCAGUUAUGCAAAAACAGCAACAUGAUCUGAUGGAGACGGUUCACAACUUGCUUACUAUGAUAGCUACACCAAACUCAGCCAAGAACAACUUUUUGGCUAAAGAAGAACAAAUCCGUUUCAAAGACUGUGCCGAAGCAUUCAAAUCAGGACUUACAACCAGUGGAAUCUACACCUUAACAGUUCCUAAUAGUGCAGAAGAAAAAAAGACAUAUUGUGAUAUGGAAAGCAGUGGAGGGGGGUGGACAGUUAUUCAGCGACGUAAAGAUGGCAGUGUGGACUUUCACCGGACAUGGAAAGAGUACAAGAUGGGAUUUGGUGAUCCUGCUGGGGAGUACUGGCUGGGAAAUGAGUUAGUUUCUCAACUGACUAAUCAGAAACGCUAUGUUCUUAAAAUACACCUGAAAGACUGGGAAGGAAAUGAGGCAUAUUCAUUGUAUGAACAUUUCUAUCUAGCAAGUGAAGAACUAAAGUACAGGAUCCAGCUUAAAGGACUUACUGGGACAGCGGGCAAAAUAAGUAGCAUCAGCCAACCAGGAAAUGAUUUUAGCACAAAGGAUGCAGACAAUGACAAAUGUAUUUGCAAAUGUUCACAAAUGCUAACAGGAGGCUGGUGGUUUGAUGCAUGUGGUCCCUCCAACUUGAAUGGAAUGUACUAUCCAUUGCGGCAGAACACCAACAAAUUUAAUGGUAUUAAGUGGUAUUACUGGAAAGGAUCAGGGUACUCUCUCAAAGCCACAACUAUGAUGAUCCGACCAGCAGAUUUCUAA